AUGCCAGUUGAGUUCAAGGAUACCAAGGGUCUCAUCUAUUGUAACGACUGUGGCGCCAAGUCUGUUGUCAAGUACCACUGGCUGGGCUUGAAAUGUGACCUGGAACCCGCGACCUCGUUGGCAGCACUGCACCUCAAUGCCAACCCUGCACCUUCACACCUGAGCGUUCCUACUUCUGCCGAUACCGGUUCUGAUAGGCGAAUUGUAUCCUACAACAUGACUCAUGGCCGUGCAAUUUCACCAGUGGUCAGCAACUACUUUGGAUUGCCUACUGAACGUGAAUCAGAGAAGCCGUCGUCGUUACCUUUCUUUGGUGGCCUGCCCCGUUAUGACGGCGAGUCCGAAUACGGUGCCUUGAACUUCUUGAGCAAGAAGCUCCGAGACCGAUAUGGAUUUCUUGCAGGCGAUAAGGCGGCUGCAGAGGCCACCUCAGCGGCUGCUGAAGAAGAAGAAGAAGAAGAAGCAGAAGAAGAUGACGACGAUGACGACGACGACGACGCCGCCCUAGCUUCGGACUCUUCGGAGACAGAUGAGGAAGAUAACGAAGAGGGUGAUGAUGACGAUGGAGUGGAACGUAUCGACCUUUUCGGCCAUCGAUGA